AUGACUCGACCUUUUCGUCCGAUCAAUAAUUUGGAUACACAAUUACGGUGGCUCAAAGAUCAUCGAAAGCGGCCUCGCGAGGAUAUAAACGACUAUGUUAUAUCUCCCCCCAGGAAAAGACCUGUAGUGAAUAGCAUUUAUUUCUCGCACCAUGAUUCAACGCGUCUUAGUAAUUCAUCAGAAGAUACGCUUGUUGAACCAGACCGGAACUCUCGCCAAGAAAAUACGAAUCCGUGUGAUGAUGGCGUUAUAAAUGAUUACUAUGACGAUUAUUAUAAAGAUAUUCUAUGGGAGGAUAUAGAGACUGGGAUUAUGGAGAACAAACAAAACGAGAAAGACGACGAAUUCAUAGCAAUAAGUUCGGACGAAGAAAUGGAGGACGAUUUUAAGAAUCAACAUGAUCGAGAAUUACUGGAUACCAUUGACGUAAUGUCGGACGGCGAAUUAUAUGAAGUAGAUCAACUUCCGUUACAACAAUUGGAGACAGACUUAUUGGAAGCUAAGCAACAAAAGCAACAGAUAGCAGAUCAGAUUCUCGAUUUACAGGACGCUAAUGCUGACGAAAGUGCUAUUCAAGCACUGUAUUAUGAACGAUCACAGAUAAUAUUCCGCAUUGCAACACUUAACUCAAAGAUUGAAUCAAUCCAAGUCCCAUCCGAUAUCUCAUCCGAUAUCUUGUCACUACCUACGACGUCAACUUCCGAUAUCUCAUCUGAUAUAUUGUCACUACCUACGACGUCAACUCCCGCGGUCAUCGAUGAGGCGGAAAAGCAGUCCUAUCCAUGGACGACUGAGGUCUAUUCUCUCUUGGCCAAUCCAUUUAAACUGCUCUCUUUCAGAGAGAAACAACUGGCAGCAAUAAAUACAACACUUUCUGGUAAAGACGUCUUUGUGCUAAUGCCCACUGGAGGUGGCAAAAGUCUUUGUUACCAGUUGCCAGCUCUAGUAACAACAGGCGUUACACGUGGAGUUACAAUCGUUAUAUCACCCCUCUUAGCACUAAUAGAAGACCAAGUGCAACACUUGGUUGAUUUAGGAAUUAUGGCGUGUGUAAUUAAUAGCGCUCAAGAUGCAAAGUCCAAGCAAUCGGUCUAUGAUCAAUUAGACAGUCCAAAUUGUCAGAUAAAAUUGCUGUAUCUGACUCCUGAGAUGGUUGGCAAAGGGAUAAAAGUAAUGGAUAAGGUACAGAAGCUGUAUGAGAGAAAGUUUCUUGCCCGAUUUGUUAUUGAUGAAGCCCAUUGUGUUAGCCGGUGGGGUCGAGAAUUUCGGCCCGAGUAUAGCAAUCUCGGAGUACUCAAAGGACGAUUUCCGGACGUUCCGACGAUGGCACUCACAGCUACCGCCAAUGGAGAAGUUCGCGAAGACGUGAUCAGUACACUGCACUUGAAAGAUCCAGUCACACUCGUUCGCAGUUUUAAUCGACCCAAUCUAUUCUACGAGGUCAGAGAGAAGAAGAGCAAGACGGUUUCGAGUGAUAUAAUAGACUUUAUACGGGAGGAAGGCGUCGGGAAAGCAGGCAUUAUAUACUGUAGAACAACUGAGCACUGCGAGAAGCUGUAUAAAGAAUUAAGUGUACAAUAUGGAAUCAGUGCUGCAUUUUAUCACGGGAAACUGAGACAACAAGAACGACAGUCAAUCCAAAAACGAUGGCAAGUUGGUGAAUUACAUGUUAUUUGCGCCACCAUCGCUUUUGGUAUGGGGAUAGAUAAAGCGGAUGUGCGUUAUGUGCUCCAUCACACCCUACCUCAGUCACUUGAAGGAUACUACCAGGAAACAGGUCGAGCAGGAAGAGAUGGGAAGCCGUCCAAAUGUGUAUUAUACUACUCCAAAAAGGAUAAAACCAACAUACGUUUUUUGAUAAGCCAGUCGCAAGAAUAUUCAUCGGAUCAGAGGAAACGUCUGCUGAACAAUCUUGAGCAAAUGGUUUCAUAUUGUGAGAACAAGUCUAUUUGUAGAAGGGUUCAAGUGUUGGAAUAUUUUGGAGAAAAUAUAUCACCUCACCAAUGUAAUAAUAAUUGUGACAAUUGUCGGAGAAAAUUGUAUGGUGAACCAAUUAGCCCUCAACCGAAGAGUAGAUCAAGAAACAAGCCGUCUAUACUGAAUGACAUUGAUAUUAAUGAUAAUUAUCAAAGGAAUAGAAAUGGGAAGAAGAGAUGGAACAAUGGAAAUAAAAAGAGCAAUAUAAUAGUGCCUGCUCCGCAAAGGAGAAGUUUAAGAAGUGCACUAAAAAGAUUUAGAGCUUAG